AUGGAGCAGCAUAGGAGCGCCUGGGGACACUUUGGGGACAUUGGGGUGACAUCAGGAGGGACUUUGGGGACAUCAGGGGACCCUUGGGGCGACCAAGGAGACCCUGGGGUGGACUUUGGGGACAGAACUGAGGGGACACCAGGGGGACUUUGGGGACACCAGAGGACACUGAGAGGGAGCAGAGGACCCUGGGGGGACUUUGGGGGGACCGACGGAACCCCUGGUGACAACAGGAGGGAGGGCAAGGCGGUGCCGAACCAGUACCGGUUCCUGGCCAAGCGUGGCGGGUACCUGUGGGCGCAGACCCAGGCCACCGUCAUCGCCAACAGCCGCAGCGCCCAGCCCGAGGGCAUCGUCUGCCUCCACUUCGUCCUCAGAUGGCUGCCCUCGUGCAAGAUGGCCACCCUCAUGCAAGAACCGCCCGGAAGACCCACCCCUGGGUGCAAGCGCCUGCCCUCGUGCGAGACAGCUGCCAUGGCGCGAAUGAGCCCUCCCCGCUACCUGCCGGGAGACGUCUGCCCUCGUGCGAGAGUCCGGCCCUUGUGUGAGUUCCUCCUCGUGCAAGAUUGCAGCCGUCGUGCGAAACCCCCUCGUAAUCUGGCCGUCGUGCGAGAGUCCGGCUGUCGUGCGAGAACCUGGCCCUCAUGUGAGCCCCCCUCGUGUGAGAGCGUGGUCCUCAUGCGAGAUGCCCUCGUGCGAAAGUUCAGCCCUCGGGCGAGUCCCUCCUCGUGCAAGAGUCCACCCAUCAUCUGA